UAGUUUUGUCCUCAUCCUUACACAGUGAAUAAAGUCACGAUUGUCAAGACACGUCGUGUGGUUUCUUUAUGGAGUCCGCUUUUUCAUGAAUGAGAGAGGGUCACAAUGACAUUGCUCACAUCUGUAAUCAGGGAUGAAUGAUAAGGAAGGUUACCUGGAGGUUAGAUCGCGCAUAAGAGCCGGCUCUGUUGAGAACAUGCUGCUGGAGCCCACGUUGCAGGUACCGCUGGUUUCAAGUUCAAUACCUGCACCGAUACCGGAAAUGGUCACCAUAGGGUCCAAGGGCAGGCGCAUUAGUCUUGGCAUGGUGCAGAUAUUCCUGCUAAAUGCUAUCGUCUGUGGGGUGGAGAUUUGCGCCUGUGCAGGGUUUACAUACAUUCCGCCAAUGCUGCUGAAGACUGGUUAUUCGGAGGAGAAUAUGAGUAUCAUACUGGGACUGGGCCCGCUGAUGGGAUUUUUUUUGGUUCCGGUUAUAGGAAGGGCAAGCGAUAGGUGUCGCAGUUCCUUAGGAAGACGAAGGCCAUUCAUUAUUGGCCUGUCAAGUUUACUUAUAAUGAGUUUAGUUCUGGUACCGUACGCUGAUGUGUUGUGUACAAAUUUAUUUGGCACGAGUGCUAUGUCAAGAACUAUGGCCGUGAUGUUGCUAACAUUUGGAGUGGUCAUGUUGGAUUUUACCAGUCAGGCAUGUUUGACCCCUUGCGAAGCUCUUAUAUCUGAUGCAACCAUGGAUUCUGAUCAAGAGGACCGUGCAUUUAUUGUGUAUUCAUUAAUGGUCAGUCUGGGAGGGUUUCUGGGAUAUCUCAUAACUGCUAUAGAUUGGAACACUACCAAUAUUGGUAUGUAUUUUAAAAAUCAAGAAAAAACAGUAUUUACAAUACUAGGAUGUCUAUUUUCUGUGAUGUUGAUGGCAACGUUGAUCGCAGCCAAAGAGCUACCUCUGCAAGCCAUAGAGAACAAUCAAAAAGUCGAGGGAGAGUCUGAAGAAAGUCACUUUAAUAGUGGUGCUAACACAUUGCAGGAGAUCUGUAGCAAUGGUGGGGAGUCAGGUUAUGAUACAAAUGGUUCAGAAAACGGUGCACUUAUGUUGCAAGGCCAAAAACCCAAUAGCUCACAAAUGUAUGCAAGCAAACGAACUCGCAUGGGGAAGUUCAUGGCACUGCCCAAAAGUGGGCUGGGCAUGCUGCUGUCAUGCCGUAUGUUUGCAUCCAUCGUGAAUCUGUUCAGACUGCUAUGGAUCAAUAUUCAUGACAAACUUCCAGAGCCAUUCAAAAAGCUGUUAGUUAUUCCGCACGUGUUACGACACUUGGCACUUGCUCACUUCUUCAGUUGGACCUCGGUGAUGGGAUUCAACCUGUUCUUUACUGACUAUGUAGCCAAUGCGGUGUACCAAGGGGAUCCAAAUGCCCCUGAAGACUCUCCACUUCGGGUCGUUUUUGAUGAAGGGGUUCGUAUGGGGAGUUGGGGCCUACUCAUUCACUGUGUUACGUCCGCAAUCUAUGCACUCUUGAUCGAGAGAUUAGUGACAAGGUAUGGAUGCAAGCUGACCUACUCCAUAGGGAUGGCCUCGCUCGUGUGCUCCAUGUUUGGCAUGGUGCUGUUCAAGAACGUUGUCUUCGUGCUGGUCAUGGCAGCCCUGACGGGAAUUGCAUACGCCACUGUAACAACCAUUCCUUUCAUACUCGUGACGAAAUAUCAUAGCGAAAAACAGACAUAUUUCUUCGACGCACCUUCAAAUAGCAACACAGAGCGUGGCAUAGCGACGGACAUCGCCACACUGGACAGCGCUUACUUCCUAUCUCAGGUGGUCCUAUCUUGCACCAUGUCAUCCAUCGUGUACAUCACGGGCUCCCAGUCAUCGUACAUGGUCACUGCAGGCGUCAUGGGCAUACUCUCCAUUGUGUUCAUUCAAAACAUCAUCACUGCACCCGCGGAGAUGACCACGUUGAAACAGUCGCUCAGUGUUUUAUGAUCGUGAUUCUUAUUGUUCUAUAAACAAACUCUUUUUUGAAAUGUGGUUUUGUUUAUCAUGGAUUAUUUUAUGUUAAUAGCCGAACAAAUUGUUUAUUCUAUAUUUGUAUAUUUUUUGUGGAUUAUUGAAAUGUGGUUUUCUUUAUCAUGGAUUAUUUUAUGUUAAUAUCCGAACAAAUUGUUUUAUUCUAUAUUUGUAUAUUUUUAGUGGAUUAUUUAUGUUUGUAAAUAUACAUACAUCUACAUAUUUUAUUUAUGAGAAGUUCAUGAUUCUGUAUCCAUGCCAUCUUUGUUACUUAUUUGUUUAAACUUAAGGGUUUCAUUCAAAAACAAUAAAAACGGUAAUGUACUGAAACUCAAAGGUUUAAUUCCUUCAAUAGUAAAAACUAAUAAUAUACUGGAACUCUGAUCAAAAGUAACAUGUUACUUUGUUCUGCAGUUUUUUAGUCUGAGCUUUGUACAUGUACAAGCAUCAUAAUGGCAAAUAGUGCUGCAACAAUAUACCGGUAUAUCGGUAUAUAUCACAAUAAGCAAUCCGCAUAUUGUACGAUUUUCAUCACACCGGUACGAAAAUUUACAAAAAUUCAUUCACAUUUCGUCCAGAAAAGCCAUCUGAAAUAAUGAUAACAACGUUAACAAAACAAAGCAUUUUAAAUAAUUUUUUACGUAAAAAUAGCAUUCUAAAAAGUGUAUUAUACGGAGUUGCGUUGUUACAUGGGAGCAUUCGUUCGUUGCUUUUGAACAGAUUAUCGUUGAAUUAAUUGCGCACAGCUGUAAAUGUUUCGUUCGAUUCUGAAUUGAGCAUUAUUAAAUUUGUAAUCCGAAUUUCGGAAACACGCUUCCAAAUUUUAAUGCUAAUGCGACAAUAUAAAAUUCUAGCGUCAAAUCAAAAGUGCUUCAUCCUUUGUCAUAAUAAAAAGCGCGCGAAAAUUAUACAGUCAUGUAGAACGUCUCAUGGAAAGUAUGGGUGUAUUUUGUGUUGUAUAAAAACGGGAACAUCACGUCAGGUGAAUUUCGCGUGUUCAGUGGAAAAAACGCUCCGGUUGGACGUUAUUUCAUCACAUCUUUAAAUUGUAACAAAUGCCAAAAUGUAUUUGAUACUUAAGACAAUUUGCGAAUGUUUGUGUUUCUUGUUAUUCUUGAGCACAUUUAUAGUAAAUAUUUACCAGAAAUUGCUUUAAAACUGGAAUAUACGGGAUUAUCGGGUAAUUGGCAAGUUAUAAUUUUGUUACAAGUUAGCAAUAUAUUGCCAUAUAUUGCAAUACGGGUUUUUGAACUGACAAUAUAUUGCAAUACGGUUUUUGGCGUAUUGUUGCAGCACUAAUGGCAAAUACUGAGGUUAUACAUGUGUAGGUGUGAUCUGAACCUUUGAACAAGGGCUAGUAUUUAGUUUGAUAUUAAGGGUAUGACAAU